GUCACCGUCACCACCACCAAAAGGCGAUCAUUGAAUGUGAACCUACCCUGCAACUUCGACCUAACCCGCGCUGCUACCCUCACGAGAGUGUCGAAAUGCGAGCAGGCCUCUACCAUCGUACUCCGAAUAUUACAAAGUUGCCCGACUGAGCCUUACGAACGCUCAUUCGUUAGCAAAGACGACUUCGUUACCGUUUGCCCCUCGAAUAGCACAUCUUUCAGAAACGAAUUGAUCCAUACCACGUUUUCCCCAUAACUCCCCACUCGGUCCGUGACAUGAAAAAUACAAUAUAUGACCGCCUUUUACGGCGGGAACUAGGCUCUCUUGACCACUAUCCCAGCGUUCGCGGAGUCUACGGUGAUCGGCGUUGGAUUGAUGAACUUGAUAUUGUAAAUGAAUUGGAAGGCCACCAUGGCUGUGUCAAUGCCCUAAGCUGGUCUACCUCCGGUCGUCUACUUGCCAGUGGCUCCGAUGACCAUCGAAUCAACAUUCAUACCUAUAGCCCCGAAGACUCCACCUCGCAAUUCAAUCUCACAACGUCAAUAUUAACCGGUCAUCGAUCAAAUAUUUUCUCCGUGAAAUUUAUGCCAUAUUCGAACGACAGAACGAUCGUUUCUGCCACCGACGAUGUUCGUAUCUUUGAUAUAGAACACUCCGGUCAUUCCAUGUAUGGCUCGUCUUCGUCCAGGCCUGAUCGAUCAUCUCAACCGAGACGGCGGGUUGGCUUGCAUGCUGUUGAUGGAGUCACGCUGACCGAGGGGGACACCAAUGCAAAAGCAUUCCGGUGCCAUACCGAGUCAGUGAAGCGUAUCGUGACUGAAGACAAUCCCUUCUUCUUUUUGACGUGUUCAGAGGAUGGUGAUGUAAGACAGUGGGAUAUUCGUCAGCCUGCGAGAGCAUAUCCGCCUGGCAUCGUCACUCCGCGCUGGGCAUCUGAACGUGGUGCCAGUGAUGACGUUCCCGCUCCGCUCAUAUCGUAUAGUAAAUACAGGCUUGACUUGAACACUGUGUCCUGCUCUCCGUCGCAGCCACACUACAUCGCGGUUGGCGGGGCUCACCUGCAUUGCUUUCUCCAUGAUCGGAGAAUGCUGGGUCGAGAUAGACUCGGCGAAAGAGGUGCCAGGCUGUCAAGUCCGGGUAAUUGGAACGACUCCGACGAUCACCUCCUCGGCCAAGCAACCCAAUGUGUGAAGAAGUUCGCGCCCAAUGGGCAGAAGCGCAUGGCUCGCAAUGAUAACGGUCAUAUCACUGCAUGCAAGAUCAGUGAUGCCAACCCCAAUGAAUUAAUUGUGAGUUGGUCAGGCGAUUGGAUAUAUAGUUUCGACAUCCACAGGAGCCCUGAUGCAACGGAGGAUUCUGCUGAUGCCGGUUCCUCUACUUUGAUACCACAAGGCGAUCAACAACGAGCAGACAUGCUUCAUGAUGGUCGUAAGCGGAAGAAUUCAGACACAGAUCGAGGAUCACAGCGGGCUCGUUCCCGUCAACGUACGGAAGACUCGCAAGGAUCCACGAAUGAACCAGACAAUCUCGCACUAAGGGUCAAUUAUAGCAACGGCCAGAGUGAGGAAAUACCGAUAGAGCAACCUAAUAGCCCGAAUGAAGAAGCGGCACUAGCAAGUACUAAUCAUUUUCGCAUCGCGAAGACGGUUCUCAAAGUUCGGAAACAAAUCUUCAACCUGAAUCCGGCAAAGGCUUCUAGCAUGGCUGUUGGACCAAGCGAGCACACUCCUAGUUUCACAACUGUACUUGGCUUCGCUGCUUCUAUUCUUCCAGAAAUGGAUGACAUAUCUCGAGCCUGGCGUUAUCCCGUCGAUCCUACUCGUUUGGAUAUCGCGUAUCAGAAUGACUGCCGCGCCAAACGUGAUUCUGCUCGUCGUUUCGUACAAGCAGCCGGUACCCUUGCUCGAGUUCUAGGAGGACAGCUUCGCACCGGCGGCAAUGGUGACGCCAUAGUAUCACGAUACUUUUCUGUUAUUGGCCAGACCGUUUCGACAUCACGUCCUUUGCCACGGCGUGAACAAUUUGGAUACGAUUUCCUGAAAGCCAUCAUUCUCUGGUUGGACAGCGGGUUAGGUGCAGUGGUGGAGGGUUUCUCCAGUCCUAGCGAUAAUCCAAGACUACCACUUAGGACCGACUCCGAUGUUGACGACAUUGACGACCUACUGAUUCCGUAUCUUCUCAGUAUUGCGAGCGAUAGCCCGGUUGUGGAUGUGGAUGUCUCGAGGUUUGCAAGUGAUGCAACGAGGAUACUUCAUUCUUCUGAGAAGGCUGCCGUGAUCACAUUCGCACGAGCUCUCAAAAUUCCAUUCGCUGAUCUGACUGGAGCAUUGGUUCCGGCUGAUGGCACUUUGGCGGAGCAUCACGCAGUGCAGGAUCGCAAGACCGCAAUCAGUAAAUGGGCUUUCAAAGUUGGAAGGGGAGUGUUGCUGAAUGCUACCAAGCACGUUGACUUUCAAUUCGUGGACCAAGCUUUCGGUGGUUCUGGAGACAUGACCUCUGAGAUCCGUAACCAAGACCAAGAGGUCAUGGAACAGCAAGAAGAUAUUGGUACAUCUACAGACGACGAUGACAAUAUGGUAGUUGACGUGCAGGUCGUCGACACGGACGGCCGGUCCCUGGGCUCUGCCCUAAUAUCGAAUCCCGAAUCUGCCCCUCUGCUGGGCACUCGUGAGUCUUCAUCGACGUCCUCCGAUGAUGAAGGACUCCCAGAUCUCGAAGAUCCAAGCGACGAAGGCGAAGAUAGUGACGCCAAUGUCAUUGAGGAGGCAAUCGCCGCAAUUGCGGACAAUGAGGAUGACGGACCGCACGACGACACAGAUGAAGACGAGGAUGUUGAUGAACAUGGGCUAUCUCGAACACGUAGCGGCCGAAUUCUCUGGCGCUCUGACUUUGACCGAAGCCGCAAACGAGAGAGAGUUGAAUCGCAUAUACCAUGCAGCCCUCAUACCCGUGUGUUCUCCGGUCAUUGCAACGUGAGAACCGUCAAGGACGUAAAUUUCUUCGGCUUAGAAGAUGAAUACGUUGUCAGUGGAAGUGAUUCGGGACAUGUUUUUAUAUGGGAUAGGAAGACCGGCCAACUUCUUAACAUUUUGGAAGGAGAUGGUGAAGUUGUGAAUGUAGUGCAAGGUCAUCCAUACGAACCAACAAUGGCUGUCUCUGGAAUCGACCAUACCAUUAAGAUCUUCUCUCCCGAUGCACAAGCACAGAGGAAUGCUCGAAAGGGUAUUGGCGUUUCUUGUUCAGAUCCUGGCCUGUCUACGGUCAGCUUCCGGCGACGAAGACGAACGCGUCCGCAUCCCGACACUGUGGAACCUUCCAGCUCACAGGGUGACGAGCAAGACAGUGGUGCAGAAGAAGACAGUGAAGAGGAAGACAUGCGUGUUGCUCCCAAUGGACUCCCAAGCAAGAAACGUAUGCAUGAUGAAUACAAGAUCAUCAGCCAGAACGACCUGGAUCGUAAAGGUGGACAGGAGGACGCAACACUUACGAGAGCAUUUCUUAUGCGGGUUGCGCGAGAGUUGCACCAACAAGGUGACGGCGCUACCAUCAUGCUCGAAAAUCAUGACAACUGUAACGUCAUGUGAGAGGUACAGAAAGACCAUACGGACCAUCAAAAUCAAAUCCCGUGUGAAUAUAGUAUCUUUAUUUCGCAACAACAUAACGAAGAGAGAUUCAGCUUGGAUAAUUUUGAUUAGAUAGUUUUAAUACUAAAACAUUCCCAGGAAAGCUAUUUCCAUUG